UUAGAUUCCACAUUUGAAUUUGUACCCUGGCUCCUUCUUUGCUCUCUGACAUUUGAGGACCACUGCCCAAGGACCCUGUUAGUUAUCAUUUAGUAUGGAAGAAGAUGAGUUCUUUGGAGAAAAAACAUUCCAGCACUUUUGUGCAGAAUUCAUUAAACAUUCACAGCAGAUAAAUGAUGGUUGGGAAUGGAGAACUUCAAAGGACUGUUCUGAAGGCUACAUGUGCAAAACACAAUUUCAAAUUAAACCUGGGACACUGGUAUCACAUCCGGGAACAUCUGCCCACGUCCAGACAUGUCUUCCCGUGGAGGAGGCUUUAGAACUACCCCCGGAUGAUUUUGAAGUGACUGAGACCACAGCGGGAAGUCAAGUGGUUAAAUAUGAGUAUCAUGUCUUAUACUCCUGUAGCUACCAAGUGCCUGUGCUUUACUUUAGGGCAAGCUUUUUAGAUGGAAGACCUUUAGCUCUGAAGGACAUAUGGGAAGGAAUCCAUGAGUGUUACAAGUCACGGCUGCUGCAGGAGCCAUGGGACACCAUUACCCAACAGGAGCACCCAGUGCUUGGACAACCCUUCUUUGUACUUCAUCCCUGCAAGACGAAUGAAUUCAUGACUCCUGUGUUAGAGAAUUCUCGAAAAAUCAAUAGGAGUGUCAACUAUAUCACGUCAUGGCUGAGCGUUGUAGGGCCAGUUGUUGGGCUAAAUCUACCUCUGAGUUAUGCCAGAACUGCCUCUCAGGAUGAAUGAAGUGUCACUUGACAAGGUAAAAAGGAAAGCCUGCGCUGAAUGUUUUGCUAUUAUAAAGAUCCUGUUGUCUCUGUUGCACUUGGGGUCACUACUGGCCCCAUCAAAUAUUAAGUCUUCUUUCAUCUUUAAUAAUGACGGCUGAAUAUGAACUGUUUGUUUAGGUUCCUGACCAACCUGUGCCCAAGCAUUUAGGAAGCAUUGGACUUUGCUAUAAUAACCUCACCCAACUACAGGAGUGGAUGAUUUUAUUUCAGAAUUGUUAUUCUUGAAAUAAGUCUUUACUGUUCAGUUAACCUUCUUUUAUUCUCUUAGCUUUUGUUUUGUUCUUGUUCUUCACUUUCUUCCAUUGAGCCAAAGAACCUAGAAAUUGCAGCAUGAAGAACAUCAAAAGCAUACCUGGCCAGCCCUGGUUUUAAUAGGACAAAUACCAUGCAGUAGUUCAACUCACCAAGAUUUUGACAUGGAUUUAUUUUUCCACUGGAAGCAAAUUCUGCAGUAGCCGACAGGCUGUGUCCCUCAUCUAGAACUGUUGAUUUGGAGUUGCUUGCUUUGUUUUUCAUUUUAUCUUGCCAGGGGCUGAAACUAAAACAAAAAUAUAAUUGUCUCUUUAGAGAAUCUAGAUUCAUGUCUAUUGAUGCAGGAUAUACUUCAGGGUCACCUGAGAAUCUUUUAUGACUGCAAAUGCUGGGGUCAACCUCCUGGAACAGCCUCUUUGGAGUGAUUAUGACACACCUGCUUUUGGAGAACCUCUGGUCUGGAUGUACUGUUGGUGUGGUAUUUAUUCAUAUUGUUUGGGUCUCCCAACAGGCCUUUUCUAAUUCUGUGUAUAGCUCCAACAAGCUGGACUUACUUCCUAACACUGGGCAUUGCCCUGAGCCUCCUGGUCGGUAGGAAUAUUCAGGAGAUGUGUCUGCAAGGCAGCCUGCUCAGAGCAAGCGGUUGGUCUGUUGGUCUGUCGUCGGGGAGAGGGGAUUAUCUGCUGGCCAAUUGCAGAAGACUGUGCUUGUGCUUUUAGUCUGUAGGUUCGGGGCUGAUCUCUCACACAGGGAGCCGAAGUAGAGAACGGGUUAAUUCAAACUGCUAGAAAAGCUAAAAGUAAAUUUUAAAAUGCUGAGCUGCACAUAUUCAUGCUGGGAUGAGAGCCUGCUUACAUGCUUGCUGGGCAUUUUGGUAUUUAC